UGGAGCUGGGAGAUGGAGCUGAGCUAAAAAGGGAGCUCGUCCCUUUAGACGUUAUUAGGCUACAUGGAGGCGCACUUCCGUCCCGCAUAAAUCGGUUUAGGGGAGCAGGUGCAGGGAAGGGGACUGAAGCAUCACCUUAGAUAAAGCAAUAUAUUUGAUUUGCUGUAGCGUUUAAUUUAUACAUAUACGCUGGGUCGGAAGAUGGUAGCAAAACAAAGGAUCCGUAUGGCAAACGAGAAGCACAGCAAAAACAUCACUCAGAGGGGGAACGUGGCGAAGACCCUGCGACCGCAGGAGGAGAAAUAUCCGGUGGGGCCAUGGCUUUUGGCACUCUUUGUAUUUGUUGUUUGUGGAUCAGCCAUUUUUCAGAUAAUUCAAAGUAUCCGAAUGGGAAUGUGAGUCCCAGUGUUCUUCACAUACCCUGCCCUACAUCUGAAUGAGAUUUUUUUAGGUGAUUGGAUACAAUCUGAAGGUGGAAAUCCUCUUUGUGGGUCAGAGGGUUGUAUACUGAGCUGGAUCUAGUGUACAAUACUACAUGACAUUGUCACACAUGUUUACAGUGUCCCUAGAUGAAGGGAACACGUGCUUUUCUACAGAAUCAUUGUUGUUGUUGUUGACACAUCUUAUAAUUUUUAUCAUAUUUAUUUGUGAUUGAUGAUUGCCAUGAUCUAUUUCUCUAUUUAAUCGUGUUUGCGUGAGCCUUUUUCAAAUAAACGUCAAACACAUUUGGAUAAUGCCUCAUAUAUGUUUUGCUCUUUUAAAAGCAGUUCAAAACUUUUCUUUGUCAUUUAAGUAUAUUUUUUUCAAAUGUUACAGUAGAUUAUGUAAAAUGGUACAUUUGUCUUGUAAAAUUAGCAGAAAGCACAUUACUGUACAGACUACAGAAAACCCCACUGAAUCAGGGAUCUUUAUGAAGUUUAUGGGUCACCUGGAUUUCAAACUGCAACCUUUUUUGACUCUUGAUACUUAAUCUUUGAACAUCAGAGUUUUUCUAUCUAGCUCCAUAAGAAAAUAUGGAUAAACUGAAGAAAGAGGAAUUAUUUUAAAUUCAAUCCUUUAGAUUUUUCAAGGGUCAUAAAGAGGGACUUAUUUAGAUAAGAUUCUUGUUAAAUUCCUGUUAUAUAGCCAUUAUUCAUAUUAGAAUUUAAGAUUAAAUUAUGCGCAGUACUAUGAAGCUCAACAAAGUAAUCCAAUUUUAAAUUUCCUAUGAAAUCAGAAUGAAAUUUUCAAAAUGCAUGUUAUUGUGAACGAUGCAUGUUUUAUUUUUUAUCUUUUCUUUUUUUUGAUCUCGUAAUUUUUAAUCAAAAUAUAACUCGAUCUCCCAGUGAAAACAUUAGGUUUAUUAGGUCAUUGACAAAUAAGGUUUUUUUUAAAAGUGUAAAAAAACAUAAUGGAGAUAUAAUUAAUUUUGAAGUUUUAUUGUGUGUUAACAAUGAGAUUAUGUGGUUUUUAUAAUCAAUUAACACUGCUUUUGUCAUUUUUUUACAAGAUGGACAAAAUUUGUCACCAAAAAAGCCAUUCGGUUUAACCAAAAUUUCGGUUUUACCGAAUGACAAUAUUUUCAAACAAUGCUAACAUGCUGAUAUCUAGCUAGCUAACAAAAGGACAAUCAAAUGUUUUAUAUUUAGUACAAGUUUUUAAAAUAUUACAACAUUUUCCAUGUUUUAUAGCGGUUGUACCGAAUGACCUGAUGUAUCGGGACAUGCGUAUGAGCAAGUGAAAACAUGAAUUUUUUAAAUAGUUAAAAGAGAAUUAGUUACUUUGCUUUAUGACCAUGUGGUCCUUUGCAGAUGUCUGAAUGAUGUCACAUCCUGUCACAUGAUAUUGAGCGCAUGACUUGAUCCAAAAUGGUCCCUUUAUAUUGGUUACUCCGAAUGACAUCAAUGAAAUAAAUUUUUUCGGACAUUCUCAUAACAAAGCAACAACUUCUACACAUAAUCUUAAAACCAUUUUGCACUAUGUUGAUAUAUGAUGUUAUAAAAUCAUGCCAGAAUAAAAAAUAUAUAUACAUUUAUUACAUUUUAAGAUAUUUGAAUCACAAAUGAAAUGGCUGUAUUGGCCUUUGGAUGGUUAAACCGAAUGACCUUUUGACAAUUCAGAAUCUUUAAAAUACCUUUAUAUGUAGCAAAAUAUAAUUAAAACCUUUUGGAUUCAAUAAGAGAUCUGGUUGUACUGCCUUAUAUACUUUGGAUGUCAUAUCUUUUUUUUUUUUUUUUUUUUUUUACUAUUAAGGCGUUUGGACAAAAAAAUGACCCGACCCGUCACGUCAUUAUACUUAUUUUUCCUUUACAAUAAUGUUACACUUGGAUGUACAUCACAAGAAAAGACGUAAGAAGAAAAUAUCUGUCGAUACUUCAGUUCCAUCACGUCUUCAAGAAACAAUGAUUUUAGCUUAACUACAGCUGUUUGGCCCUAACAUCUGAACUGAAAAAAGCAGCAACCGCAGUAUGAUACUGUAUAAAUACUCACCAGUAUGUAGAAUCAUGUCCCUGUACUAUGAUAUAAACCCUGGCUAGCAUAGUUAUCAAGCUUAUUCAGUAGUCCAGUCAAAAGAAUACACCUGGGAUGUCACAGAAGCUAAAGCAUCAAGGAUUCUUCCCAACGGUGUUCACAAACAUGACUUUAUUGAGAGUUGUGAAGUGCAACUGGCAAGUGCAAUUACAGUAUUUUACAACUUAUCUCCUGGUUUGAGAACAUGCACAGAACAUAAGCAUACAAGUUGUACACAAUGCAAAUCCAUGUCAGCUAUAUGAUAGUCAAGAGUAACUGUAAGUUAAGAGAUUGAUCCAGAAUACUUCACUGUCCAAACUGAAAACAGAAAUCACAUGGGUGUAAUACUUCAAAAUCAUCACAAAGUAGUGUACAGCAGGUGUUAGAUGAGUAGUUUUUCCAUUUGUCAGAUAAAUAUCGUAAGACUGUUCCUGCUUAACAGCAUUAAAAAAAAAAAAAAAAAGGAUGUUGUCUCCUGGGUAAGCCAACUACCUCGCUACCCUUCAAAUAUGUACAACCUAUAUAGUGUCUCUUUUACCGUUUCACAUGAUAUCGCUAUUUUACAAAAUA